CGGCCGUCGCACCGCAGAAGGGCCGCCCGGCGCCGCCUCCUCCUUUCCGUCCCUCCCUUCUUCAGCGCCGGCCGCCCUCCGCGCUGCCUCAUGUUCGGGCUGGAGAAGCCGCCGGGGCAGCAGAAGGUGGGCAGGAGUGGUGGGUUCCCGAACAUGGCGUCCGUGGGGGAUUUUAACGUGCUCAGCUCCAGCAUCCCGGCCACGAAGGUGGAGCUCUCCGUGUCCUGCAGAAAUCUUUUGGACAGAGAUACAUUUUCUAAAUCUGAUCCAAUCUGUGUUUUGUACACACAAGCCAUUGGAAACAAAGAAUGGAGAGAGUUUGGAAGAACAGAAGUAAUUGACAAUACUUUAAAUCCAGAUUUUGUAAGAAAAUUUAUAAUGGACUACUUUUUUGAAGAAAGAGAGAAUCUGCGAUUUGAUUUCUAUGAUGUUGAUUCCAAGAGCCCUAAUCUAUCAAAGCAUGAUUUUUUGGGACAGAUGUUCUGUACACUUGGAGAAAUAGUUGGAUCACAGGGGAGCAGACUGGAAAAACCAAUUGCAGGCAUUCCUGGGAAAAAAUGUGGAACUGUCAUCGUAACAGCAGAGGAACUGGGCUGUUGUCGAGAUUCAGUUUUAAUGCAAUUUUGUGCGAACAAACUAGACAAGAAGGACUUCUUUGGGAAAUCUGAUCCUUUCCUGGUAUUUCAUCGAAGCAAUGAAGAUGGCAGUUUUACAAUCUGCCACAAAACAGAAGUCAUAAAAAAUACAUUAAAUCCAGUGUGGCAGGCAUUCAAGAUUUCUGUCAGAGCACUGUGUAAUGGAGACUAUGACCGGACAAUUAAAGUAGAGGUGUAUGAUUGGGAUAGAGAUGGAAGUCAUGAUUUUAUUGGAGAAUUCACAACAAGUUACAGAGAGUUAUCGAGAGGGCAGUCUCAGUUCAACGUGUAUGAGGUAAUAAAUCCAAAGAAAAAAGGAAAAAAGAAAAAGUAUAUUAACUCUGGAACAGUUACACUGCUUUCCUUCCUCAUUGAAACAGAAGUUUCAUUCCUUGACUAUAUUAAAGGCGGAACGCAAAUCAACUUCACAGUAGCUAUUGACUUCACAGCCUCAAAUGGUAACCCUUCACAACCUACUUCACUGCACUAUAUGAAUCCCUAUCAGCUGAAUGCAUAUGGCAUGGCACUGAAAGCAGUAGGUGAAAUUAUUCAGGACUAUGAUAGUGAUAAAAUGUUCCCAGCUCUAGGUUUUGGAGCUAGACUGCCUCCAGAUGGAAGAGUAUCACAUGAAUUUGCACUGAAUGGAAACCCUCAAAAUCCAUACUGCCAUGGCAUUGAUGGUGUAAUGGAGGCAUAUUAUAGAAGUCUAAAAUCAGUUCAACUUUAUGGACCAACAAACUUUGCCCCUGUAAUUAAUCAUGUAGCCAGAUAUGCUGCUUCAGUUAAAGAUGGCUCCCAGUAUUUUGUUCUUCUCAUUAUUACAGAUGGAGUUAUUUCAGAUAUGGCUCAGACGAAAGAAUCCAUAGUGAAUGCUUCAAAGCUUCCAAUGUCAAUAAUUAUAGUGGGAGUAGGGCCAGCAGAGUUUGAUGCUAUGGAAGAACUGGAUGGUGAUGUAGUCAGGAUUUCUUCAAGAGGAAAGUUUGCAGAAAGAGACAUUGUGCAGGUGGGAGAGAAAAAUUUCUCUAAUAAUUACAUUUUACUGAUCCUGUUUGCCAUGAAUUCAUGUUUUGUCUAUCUUCCUUCCUUUCAUUUCACCAUAGCAUUGAUGAACUUUAUCUUGGGAUGUUUAUAAAAACUUCAGAAAUUC